AUGUUGGCCUCAAAAAUUGCUUAUGCACUAUUAUUUCUUCAAAACGCGCCGAUGUUUAAUGCGGCUGAAUCCGCUGCCGGCCAACUACCUGUCGACCAGGCCGUCCGCCAGGACCUCAACAAUGCUGUGGCUAGUGCGAGUGCCUUGAAACCACCAUAUCAUUACGAACCAGGCGCAGUGGACAUCGGGAGGCUAACCAAAGAGGAGUGGGCCUCUGUGCAAGGCGAUCUCUUCCGAUACGAGGGAGCGCUCGAACGUUGGCGCAUAGCAAAUGGAAGUGGCGGAACGAUAGAACCGCAGCAAGGCCCACAACUGCAAGAAUCCGUACAGACCUGGAUCGACGCGUCAAGCAAGGAGUGGCGACGGUUUGCGCAAAUAUUCUACUGUAUAGAUGGCGUUCACACUCACAACAUGGCUUGGGGCUGGGGAUGCCUCGAGGGCUCAAUUGCGGAAGCCAUCAUGGGGAGACUUGUUGCGGCUCGACAUCGUCAACGAGUUUAUGCCUGCGUAUUACGUGAAAGCAUGGCCAAAAAG